AUGACCCGGCUCCUCCGCGUGCUGCUCAUGCUCACGUUCCUCAAGUACCUCGAAGCCAACUACCCCCACCUCAUUGGCCGCAUCUCGGGCGGGAACGCGCUGCCGCCGCCAUGGAAGCAGCAGCUCGCGACCGUCGUUGGCUACCUCCAGAUGGCCGGCUUUGCCUUCCUCCUCGCCGGCGAGCACAUUCUCAACGCGCUCAACCUUCCCGCCGACAUGCCGCUGCUUGUACAAAUGCGCGAGAACAAGUUUGCAGCCUUUGCCGGCCUCAUGAUCCUCGGCAGCAUCUCGCAGUCGAUGCUCGCCACCGGCGCGUUCGAAGUCUACUUCAACGACGAGCUGGUCUUCUCCAAGAUUCGCAUGAACCGAUGGCCCACGAUGCAGGAACUGAUUGAGCUCCUCCAAGCCGCGGGCCUCCAGCGCCCGUACUAG